GCAAUUGAAUUUUGCAUAGAAACGUCCGCAGUAUAAUGUCUAUUACAAUUAAAAUUUGCUUUUACUUGAACAACGAAAACAAUUAAAUGAAACUUCUGCGAAACUGAAAGCAACAUACCACAAUUUGUAUCAGGGGCAUUUAGGUCUGAGUAUUUUGUUUUGACAAAUGGCUGUACAGUUGGUAAGACUACUGUGCAGUGGAUGCAGUGUUUGUGGCGAUGGAGGACUACUCAGCUACGCUAGAAAAUAUUAUACAUAAAGCAACAAACCCCAGUAAACUUGUACACGACACACAGGCCAUAUAUGAAGCAUGCAAGUUUCUUGAAAGAGAAACAUUUUGUGCACACGAAGCAACACGCCUACUUGCAGCGAAAAUUCAGUCACCUGAUGAAAAGGAAGCCAUGCGUGCUCUGGUGGUUGUAGAUACGUGUAUGAGGCAUAGUGGACCAACAUUUCAAGCGGAAGUUGGGAAGUUCAGGUUCCUGAAUGAAAUGAUUAAAUUAGUAUCCCCAAAGUAUCUUGGGGCUCACACAUCUCCUGUAGUGAAGAAGAGAGUGCUGCAGCUAAUGUAUAUGUGGACAAAAGAGUUUCCCCAUGAGACAAAAAUACGUGAAGCUUAUGAAAUGCUGAAGAAACAAGGUGUGAUAAAGGAAGAUCCUCCUCUUCCUAUUUACCAAACUGACAGUGCAGUAAGUCCAACACCAGCUCCAGCACCACCACCACCACCAAGAACAAAAAAGUCUAUUUUUGAUGAUGAUGAACAGUCACGGCUAUUGCAAAGGUUGCUGCAGAGCAAGAACCCUGAUGAUUUGCAGGCAGCUAACAGACUUAUCAAAAACAUGGUGAAAGAGGAUGAAAGAAGACUUGAAAUGACCAACCGUUGUAAUAAUGAAAUAGAGUCUGUACACAGCAGUGUUCGAUUACUAUCGGAAAUGCUGGACUCUUACAAGCCUGGCGAGACUUCAGAAGAGGAACUUGAACUUAUCAAGGAGUUGCAUCAAAGCUGUAAUAAUCUACGAACAAACUUAUUUCGCUUUGCAACAGAGAUACACAACAAUGAACAUCUUCUCAACAAAGUACUUCAAGCAAGUGAUGCUCUGGGUCAUGUGUCGGACAAAUACAAUGCCAUAAUUGUUCAAGGUGAACUGCCUGAAACCAAAAGUACGUCUUUGCUGGAUCUCAGCACACCAAGUGAAGAAAAGCUCCCACCAGUACCAACGGAACUUCUUGGCAAACAGCUUGCUGAUUUGGGUCUUGAUGUAGAGCCUCCAAAACAGUCCGCAAAUACACCAAACGCAUCAGUUACACAAUCAAACAUAGAAGUACUCGGAGAUAUAUUUGGUGGUGCAGAUAUUGCACCUAAACCUCUUCCUGUUCUGCAGCCUGUCACACUCCAACAGCAGACGCAUAAAAUCUCUAAUAUGUUGGAUCCUCCUGAGAAGCCCAGUAAACAAAAGGCAUUGGAGGAUCUCGAUGUCCUGGGGGAAACACUUCUUAAACAGAGUUUGCCUGCUACAUCCAAAAUUGGUUCACAAUUUUCCAAGCCACCAGCGAAAAUACCCAUGAAUUUGCUGAGCAGACAGCAAGAUGCGGCAAAGCCAGAGAAUAUCACAACAUCAACACCCAUCAAGAAGAGUGGCAGUGACAAUUCAUCGGGUGUAUUAGAUUUGGAUCUUCUUACUGGAGAACCAGUGAAGCCCUUAGAAAAAGAUUCUGUGCAAAAAAUGGAGAGCAGAACAUUAGAUCUACUUAAUGGUGAUGAUACGAUGGUAGAUAUUAGUGAAGAAACACCAGUACAUUCUUUCUCUGAAAAUAACAAAAAUGACAGUGAUGACCGGCUAAGUGUUAACUCAGUAGAUGAUAAAUCUCACAGGACUAGCACAGAAAGUGUAAAUAUCUGUGAACCUAAGCAAAUUGAAGUGAAACCCUUGAAUGACAUCAAUGUUUCUUUGGACAGUAUAAAACCAGGAUCAGUCCCACCGCUGACUGUGCUGGAUGAGAAAAACGGUGUCUCAGUUAUACUUCAUUUUGCAAAAGAUAGACCACGAGAAGAUGUAUCAGUUGUUGUUGUGACAACCAUAAGUAAAAAUCCAUCACCAUUAACUAACUACCUGUUCCAGGCCGUUGUUCCCAAGUCGUGCAAGUUAAGGCUUCAGCCUCCAUCUGGAUCUGAACUUCCUGGGCACAGCCCAUUUUUGCCACCUUCCGCCAUCACGCAAGUCAUGCUGAUUGCAAAUCCAAGAAAGGAACCAGUUUCCCUGAAAUUCAUGAUAAGUUAUUCAAUGGAUGAUGACACUAUAACUGAAAUGGGUGAAGUAGAGCAGUUGCCAUCUGAAGUGCAGUGACUU